AUGCUUCAACACCCUCCCUCCUCCUCUAGACCCAACCGUUUCGUUGCUGAUCAUCCACCAUCAGCAGCAUCUGCGAAUUGUUCCAAUAACAACAACAACAUCGACCAUACAGAUCUAGCCUCUCAACAACAUUCACAAAUGAAAUUUAUAAAGAAAAGGCUUUCAUCAUCAAACCUAGCUCUUCCCACAAUGGCAAAUUUACUCACCGAUAAUCUCACGGAGGAUGUUCUACAGUCUCCCAUUAAUACGGAUACGGUCAUAACGGCGAUUUCUUCAUCAACACCUCUCCCUCCAUCAACAAAAGACAAGUUAAAAGUGGUGAGGCCCACUGCCAAAAUUAUGCAAUCAAGAAUUUAUUUUCAUCAACACGCAGAACUACUUUUUUUGAAUUUCGAAGAUUUUUAUCUCGAAACAAAGGAGGAUGUGGAUAUUGUGAUCAAAUUUAUUGAAUUAACCUUCCAAAACUACAUCACAGAUGAGGAGCUACAACGAGGAAAUUCAUCACCAACGUCGCCCAUUCCCCGAAGAAAUAGUUUCGCCAAGUCUUCAAACCCAAAGAAAAACGUUGAUGUUUAUGUAAAUUAUGACCGAUUUUAUUGCCAUGAGUCUCUGUUGAAAUAUUAUACAGAGAAAAUAUCAUAUUUAGAGAUGAAUUAUUAUAGAUCAGUGAAACGAUUUACCACAGAGUCUAUUGAAGAUAAGCAUCUAAUGAAACUAGAAAGAACAUUACGUGAAUUAAAAGAAGAAGAAGGAGUCGUUCAAGACGCAGUUAUAAAGAAUUUUGAAAUUCUUGGCGAUAGAUAUAUUAUUUCUGAGAAUUUGAUUGCGCGAGGAACUUUUGGCAGAGUUUUUUUAGGGAGUAACAAGGACACGGGAGAGUUUGUCGCUAUAAAAGAGCUCAAACGAAAGAAUAUUGAUAAUGUGGAACGUCUCAAAGAAUUUAUCGAUCGCGAAAUGACAAUUUGUAAAUUGUUAUCUGACUCCCUCAAAAAUGGUGAUGAACAACAUAUUGGAAAGAAAUAUAUUUGUAAAUUCUAUGAUGUAAUUUAUACAGAGACAAAUUAUUAUAUUGUGAUGGAAUACAUGGCUAAUGGAUCAUUAGAGAAUCCGUUUGAAGAACGAGAAGUGUUCCCUUCACAUGUUGUAAAGAAAUUCUUUAAACAAAUAGCACAUGCGAUCCAUUAUAUUCACAAUACGUUAGGAAUAUGUCAUAGAGAUAUUCAAUUGGCAAACCUAUGCUUGGGGCAAGACCAAGACAUUAGAUUGAUUGACUUUGGAUUAAGCGAUUUCUUCACACCCAACGUAAGAAAACAUUCUUCAUUUUGUGGAAAUAAGGACUAUGCCUCCCCUGAGAUGAUUUUGUCAGACAGAUAUGUUGGCAAUGAGGUGGAUUGCUAUGCUCUUGGAGUGUUGUUGUACAAAAUGCUUGUAGGAUAUUAUCCAUUUCGUAAUACGAUCGAUAAGAUUUUAGGCCAAUUUUAUAUACCAUUAGACGAACUUGAGAGAGAAGGAGUGCUAAAUUCUCAAAGCAUUUCUCUCAUUAAGGGCUUGUUAGAGAAAGACGUAUCAAAACGGUUCACGGCGACUGAUAUUCUUAAUCAUGAAUGGUUACAAGAUGCCAGAGUGUAA